CUGCUGUCGCUCUUCUCCCUGCUCGCUCACGAUCUUUGCAGCCGUGGCUCCUCCUCUUAUGCAAAACAGCCCGAGUAUCCGGAAAUUAACAAUCCCGUGAUGUCAGGGGGAGCGUUAGCAUAGCAGUGGAAUGAGUAGAGCGCCUUUCUCGAUUAAAACUUACUCAGAGGUCAGUUUUAGCGAACUGUUUGCUGUCAUUGUCGUCGACAGACAUGGCGUUACCGGGGGCGACGGCUGUCGAAGGACGUCUGCUCACGCACGGACCUUGAGGGUGAAGAUUAACGGGAUGCCAUUCAGUUAGCUACUCUGGACCCCGAUUAUGUGCCACAGAAGCUAGCAGGCUAGUUAAUACGCUGUGGCAAAGUAUUUACGGGCAGCUGCUCGGUGUGGAAACGGAGGAAUAUGGCGGGGUUGGUGUUGAAGCAGCUGUCAGAUUUCGGGGACUUUUCUCACGGUAAAGAGCUGACAGAGAUACUCAGUCUGAAUAACAACGAGCAGAUAAACAGUGUUCGCAUGAGCCCAGAUGGACGUCACAUCCAUGUCGUCCUCCGCAAGCCUAAGGUCAGUCUUGUGACUUUUGACAAGUAUGAAAGACCCCAGCUGGCUCCCAACCAGAAGAAACUGGAUUUGUGCGUAAACGUGCCCAUCGUGGAUAUUUUCUAUCUGGAGCAUCACGGCGGCAGCAGCAGCGGUGCAGCAGUUGUGGCAGUGGUUUAUGAAAGUGGGAAAGUUGAGUUUUGGAAAUUCCAGGAGUGUAAGUCUGGCUGGCAUCUCCUGCAGACAUCACAGCUGUGCAACAGUCCCCGGGCUAGAGUGGUAUCUGUCUGUGCUUGCUCUAAUCUUAUCAUCUGGUGCGAGGAGCGGCCGCCGUCAGAAAGCUCCCCUGUCCCCAGCGCCACAAGGAAUAAGUUAAGAUACUGUGUUUGCAGACGUGACUUUGAGGUGAAAGAGACGGCUGUCAACUUGGGAGGGGUGAAAAUCGCCCUCCACAAUAAUCCUGACUUUACUGUGGUCAGCUCAGGGGAAUAUGUGCACCUUCUUCCUGACUUGAAGUCGAAGCCACUGUUGAACAUCUCCAAAUUCUUCCUCUCCUGGUCCCCUCGCUAUGACUCCUUUACAGUCAGCACCACAUGUAAAAACACCCCCCUUAAAAAGCUUUCAGCUAAAGAGUCUGACUUUAUGAAGCUGGUAAUCGAUUGCUUAGGAUAUUUGUCAACUCUUGAACCACCUGAGAUCUGUAGCUUCUCACCCACAGCCUGUGGAGGCCUCCUGCUGCUGCUCAGCACAGGCUGGCUCUGUCUCCUGCAGAAAGACGGGGUCCUGCGGCAAGUAUACAAACUAGAAGACAACUGUUUGGUAAAUUACAGCACUCACACUAGCCUUGGUAUGUAUGAGGACACCCUGGCACUACUUAUGGGGCAAAACCUGCAUCUGAUAGACUUGAACUGUGGCAGAGAGCUGGAAAAGAUUGUGCUGAUGAGUGAAGCAUUAUUAUAUACAAACAGGGCAGAUAUGUGUACACCUCACCUGCUCUCAGAAACUGGACUUUUUGUAGUGGUGAGCAGGGGGACGGACUCCAGAGACUGCAGCUUCAGAAUAAAGUCUCCUGGUUUCAGUACAGUGGAGAGUAUUCAUCCUGGAGCCCUCCUGGUCGAAGCUGUCUUUGAAGAGGCCUGUAAAUACUACCAGCAGAGGAGCCUGAGCAGCACCCCGCUCACAGUGGACUCGCUGAAAAAAGGGGGGAGAUUCCAGGCUCCCAUCUCUUUAGCCUCCAUCCUCUUCAGCUACCUCUGCACAGGCUUCAAGCAAAAGGGAGCACAGCUGUCCCAGAAUGGAGGAGGUGGAUGUAUUGCAGGGCAAGACAAGCUAAUGGGUUCUCUUGAGGCCGAGCUCAAGGCUCUGGUUUCGCUGGAGGAAGUGAAGGGGACUUUAGUGAGGGGUAGUGUUAAAGAGGUGGAGGCAGUGUGUGAGAGUCUAGUUGAGAAAGAAGUAUUGAGGCUUCUGUCAUCUCCUGAGCUGGAUAAAGAGGCUCUGCUGUACCUCAACUCCAUCUUCAGCAUCUUUCCCUCCGAGGGUUGGAAGGCGGCGCACUCUGCUCUGCAGCUACACUACAACGGUGAGGGAUUUCUGUCCAGCAGAGCUCCCCCCGAUGUGUGGAAAACUGUUCUCAGUGCUGGUCUGUCAUCCAGCCCUGUAGCCUCCCUGUCAUUAACCAACGGGGGACCAAAACACAAUUACAGCCUUAAGGUCGAUUACUUUACAAACUGUAAAGCAAAAUCUACAAGCUCCACUUCCUCAGCUGCCUUGCCUGUGUUUGAGCUCCUCUGCAGGUCAGUUUUUCAUUUCCAGCCCAGCUGGCUGCCCAGAUUCCUCGAGCUCGCCCAGAAGGAGCAGGGCUCGACAGGGUUGGGUCUGGGCCUGGCGGCUUCCUCUUGGAGUUUUUCCGGGGGGAGAGGAGGGGACUGCAAUGAAAGCAACGUGCCACUAUAUAAACGAGCACUGUACCUUCUGUCCAGCUUAAACCCAGACAGAGACCAGCAGCAGGACUUAGAGGUGGAGCUGCUGCUGGUGAGUGGGCGACCCAACGCAAUCCUACAGGCUCUGCGGAUCCUCAUGAGCAAGAAGCAGUGGUAUCGGGUCACCCAGGUGGCCCAGAAGUGCUGUAAACAGAGUCCGCUGCUCAACAAGGAGAUUUUCACUAUUUUGCUGUGUGAGGUGGCCCAUCACAGAGACCUGGAUCCCUACCUGGACUUGCUGUGGACACUUUGCCCCGAGGAUUUCACCGUCACCACCAUCCUGAACUUGGUCCUUAAAAACCUCCCCUCUCCGAACACUCCCUCCCACUCCUCUUCUUUCCUGGCGUCCAGUUCAACCUCUUCUACUCCUCCUCCUUUCACAGACCCCCACAGCACUCAGUUGACCAUUGGACUAUUGAAACCACUGCUGAGAAAAGUGUUGCAGAGGGAGACCAAGCCUAGCCAGCGCUACGUGGACAUCCUCCAGUCACCGUCAUUCCCCCCUCCGGCACUGCCUCGCCAGCCCACUGAGCGGGGCGGCAGUGUCACAGACCCCCGUGCAGACUCUGAUCUGUGCAACAACAUCACCCCAGCUCUUCUUGCAGAAACCCCUGAACAGCAGACCUGCACUCAAACAGCUAUUCAAAGGCAGAGGGUGGCUCUACCUGCUAACACAGUUUGAAGAAGAAUGAAUGAAGAACAAAAACUGUCUUUAUACUCCCUUCAACACAUAAUCUGACCAAAGCGUAAAUCAGAGUGUGAUGACAAUCAUAUUAUAAAACAGAAUAAUAUCAGUAUGUUACAGGUACUAUCACUGUAAUGCAGAUAGUAUCGUAUUUGAUUGUAUGUUUUGUUUUGUUUUGUUUUGUUUUUAAACAGUUGAAAUGUGACUACUAGAAAAUAUUAAAUGACUACUGAAGAUCCUACCAGUGUAAUAACUGCAGGUAAUUUUAAAUGUUUAAAUAGGGAUGCACUGAUCCGAUACAUCGGACCAUUAACUGACACAAAAGGCAGGAUCGGGCAUCUGCGGCAAAGAUUUCACAUCAGUGUAUAUCUCAGCGUAUUUCUGUGUGCAUGAACAUUUUGCUCUAAGGAGCUUAUUGCGGUCAAUACGGUUAACGUCAUCUUCACUUGGCCUGUCUGUCUCCUUCGCCACACAAGAGCAGAGGAGAGAAAAUCCAGUGGAGACUUUGACAUGAAGCUGAAAUGAAACAGCUGCACAUAAAUCAGUCGUAUACAAUAUUAAAAUACUUCUUUUUUUAAGAUAUUUAAGUUUAUUCAGCUUAGUUUCCUAGAAAGAAGGAGUCCCUGUUUUUAUGUUUCAUUUCAAUAACUGAGGUGUGCAUUUCCUUCAUGUUGCUUUACAUAUAAGUUAAUGAAUCCUCUGCGUGACAAGUGCAGCUUAAUAAUUUAUCGUCGAUACUCUGUAUCUGCAGAUAUCGCAAAGAAAGAAAAGUCGGAUCGGUGCAUCCCUACUCUUUAUGUGUAUAAACUGUAUCUACAGUGUUAUUUAUCUUUUCAGCCUUAACUGCACGUCGAUGAGAAUGUUCUUGCAUUGCGUAACUUUAACCUGUAUGAGAAUGCUAUCAAAAAGUAGCAGUGUUAACACAAUAUAGUAUGUAAGUGCUCAGUGAAACACAGAGCUGGUUAUUCCUGAGCCAAAAUGGCAUCUGCCUCCACUUUAUGCUCCACCCCGCUCUCAGAUUGGCACUGAUUAAGUCCUGAAUGCGGAUGUUCUUGUAUUAUAUCAGAACAGCAAAAACAAAGCCACUAACUCCUGUUGCUGGGUUUUAUACAAAGGUGUGUUCCCUUUUUUAAAAAUAGAUCUUGGCUAAUUAUAGCCGAGUAUAGCUUCCUUUUACUUGCUCAAGUGCGUUUAUGCAGUGAGUAAUCUAAUAGUCUGAAUUCAGACAAGCUGACCUUUGUGGGUUGUUUUAAGCUAGGUAUGGUUUGGCAGAGGAGGGAAGAAGGAAGGAGAUCAGGGCUUCUUUUCUUUGCUUUUGGUUUCACAUUUAUGCUGAUGGCUUCUGUUUGGUUUUAAGUUUCUCAAAUAGUGUAAAAUCUGUAAACCAAAACAAUCUACGUGACUUUCCUUUGCUUCCAUUUUCCAUUCCUGUCACCUUUUUUUGGGUCACUCUAGGCUCCAUCUUGUCUCCUCUGCUCCCUCUCAGCCGACUCCUUGGACAUACCAAACAGAGUAGCCAGUAAAAGCAACUCACAGUUCAACUUUCAAUUCAAUUUCAGCAGUAAUUCUGUUAAAAUUCAAGUGCUUGUGGGACAGAUUGUGACUCACACAAGCACCCUGCUGCUUGCAUAAGGUCAUGCAUGUCCUCCUUUAUGAACCCGGUGAGGGUAAUGGUAUUAGAGAUGAUAGCCCCUCGGUCUUAUUGCCACUGCGGGUUAUGCUCUGUCACCAGCUGCACUUUUAUAUCACAACAGUCAGUAUUGGUUGUGCCUCUGCUUUGGGUUUUUUUCUGAUUAAGUGCCAUAAACAAGGGUGUAUUUGUGUUCCCGUUGUGCUUAAUGCCUUCUGUUGGAGCAGCCUAUUAAGCUUGUUAUAGUCAAAGUUAAGUCUCUGUCCAUAAUAUUUCACUCUUCUGCUUAUUUAUUAUGUACCAAUCUUUGGAAGACUACUAAAAUGAUAAACCAAGGUCCUGUUUGGGUGAGGUUUUGAGAAAGUCAGACAUCUCUUAGGUAUUCAGUGACAAUCAGACUCUAAAAUGCUGCAGAAAAACCUGCGUGCCUUUUACGGUGCUGCUUCUAAUUUACAGGGUAGUGUCAUAGCUCAGUUGUCUUUUCAGUCUUAGUCAUAUUUUGAAGACAUACGCAUUUUUAAACUUUGAUCAGCUCUUGGUGUGAAAGGGCGACUGCCCCUAACAGCUUCCUGAUUUCUUUCUCAAGUCCAUUUAAUCAAGCGACAGUCAUUCCAGGCUCUGCACAGCCAACAGACGUGUUAAAGCGUGCACAGCUCAUCUAACAGAUAUGUUUCGACUCGUCUCAGAUUCACUGGGAACUCCCUGACUUCCCCACAGAGGCCACUGAGCCUAAUGUCACAACUGUUUCUGAUGUUAAUAUUCACUCGCCUUAACCUUUGCUUCAGGUUGCUGUUGGCAAAGAGAAGCUCCUCCUGCACUUGCCCAACAAAAUUUCACAUCCACAUGACAACUUUGUGUACUUUCGGUGAUGCUAAUUCUUAGGCAGUAUUUGUUGAAGAAUGUGUAAGUAUUUAUGAAAAGAUGCUGUAUGCUAUUAAACUGAAGAUGAAACAUGAA